CGCCCGCUUGCGGCCCCGUUCAGCAGCGCCAGCCUGCCUGACCGACGGACAGACACGCAGGACGCUCCUCCCAAGGAGCGCCCGCAGGCGAGGUCGAGACCCGGCUGGGCACCCCCGCCUCCAGGAACGCCGCCCCGGAGGGCUUCUCGGAGGCGGCGGCCUUGGCCUCAGGCCUGCGGCGGGGGGUGGGGGGCGGGAGGGGAGGCCGACAGCCCCCGCCGCCCGAGGAGACCUGGUAGCCGGCUGGGCAGGGACGCAGUGGAGCGGGUUGGAGUCUCGGCUGGGGCACAAGAGGGCGGGUGCAGGUAGCCACUGGGUAGAAGGAGCAGCAGCGGCGGCGACAGUCAGGGACGUCCUGGGAGGCAGGCGAGGGCGAAAAGCAGCCAGGCUGGCCCUCGGGGCUGCCCGCUUCCAGGGGCACCACAGGAGAGGGAUCAGCCUGAGCUGGACGCCUGGGGAGCCUCAGCCCGUGUUUUCCAGUUUCUCUACUCUGAUUGGUUUUCUGCCGCUGGUCCUGGAGCUGGCGCAAAAGCAUCCCGUCGCUAAUCCACCAGCUUCUCCAGGUGCCUGGUGAUGGCAGCCAUUCUCCUGAGGACAAGGCCCAAGGUCCCAGUAUCAUUUGAGGACGUGGCAAUGUACUUCACAAAGACAGAAUGGAAGCUUCUGGAUCUCAAACAAAGAAUCCUCUACAAGCAGGUGAUGCUGGAGAACUAUGGCCAUUUAGUGUCAUUAGGAUUUGCCUUCUCCAAGCCUCGCCUGGUGUCCCAGCUGGAGCGAGGGGAGGGGCCUUGGGUAGCAGACUCCCUUAGAGGCCAAGCAGAGGCAGAAUCACAUGCAGGUGAGAGGAUAAAGAGCAAGACAGCCAUUUCAAAACAGAAAUAUUCUGGAAGAGGACGCCCAGGACCUGACUUUCAGGGCGGCAAGGGGGGUCAGGUGGCAGCGUCACCUCCCCAGCCAGGAGGCACCAAGAGAGUGUCUGCACAGAGAGGUCCCCAGGACUCUGUACACAAUCCGGUUCUAAGGCAACAGCUUUCCAAGGGCGUCGAGAAACGGUACCUGUGUCAACAGUGCGGGAAAUCCUUCAGCCGCAGCUCCAAUCUGAUCAAACACCGCAUCAUCCACAGCGGCGAGAAGCCCUUCGCCUGCAGCGAGUGCGGGAAACUGUUCCGCCGCAGCUUCGCGCUGCUGGAGCACCAGCGCAUCCACAGCGGUGAGAAGCCGUAUGCGUGCGGCGAGUGCGGCAAGACCUUCACGCGCAGUUCCAACCUCAUCAAGCACCAGAUCAUCCACAGCGGCGAGAAGCCCUUCGCCUGCAGCGAGUGCGGGAAGCUGUUCCGGCGCAGCUUCGCGCUGCUGGAGCACCAGCGCAUCCACAGCGGCGAGCGGCCUUAUGCGUGCAGCGAGUGCGGCAAGGCGUUCAGCCGCAGCUCCAACCUCAUCGAGCACCAGCGCACGCACAGCGGCCAGAAGCCCUACACCUGCCCCGAGUGCGGCAAGGCCUUCAAGGGCGUCUCGCAGCUCAUUCACCACCAGCGCAGCCACAGUGGCGAGAAGCCCUUCGCGUGCCAGGAGUGUGGCAAGGCGUUCCGCGGCCGCUCUGGCCUCAGCCAGCACCGGCGCGUGCACAGCGGCGAGAAGCCCUAUGAGUGCAGCGAGUGCGGCAAGGCGUUUGGCCGCCGCGCCAACCUCUUCAAGCAUCAGGCGGUGCACGGUGGCAUACGGGCCUCCGAGCGCCGGGGCCGCGCCAAGGGGCUGAGGCGCGGCUGCAUGCUCCUGGAGCCGAGGCGUGGGCACCGAGGGCCGCGGCCCCAGGAGGGCGGCGAGAGCAGCUCGGCCGAGCCCCGGCGGAGCCGCAGCGGCCAGAAGCCACAUACGUGUGAGCACUGCGGCCAGGCCUUCGAGAGCAAGUCGCAGCUGAGUGGCCACAGGCACUCCCAUGGCGGCGAGAAGCCCCAGGCAGGCAGCCCACGGGCGGCGGCUUUCGAGGGGAAGUCACUCAUUGAGGGGAGCGAUGGCGGCCACGGGGCCAGCGUUCUGGGCUCUGGGAAGACCCAGGGCAAAGCCUCGCCCUGAGGCCAAGAAACAGUGCACGACUCUUGAGUGGAAGGACGCGCCCUUCCCCAAGUGCGCUCUGUCCCUAAGGGUAGGGCGGGGAGGAGGGACAGGGGCCGUCGAUGCUUAGAGACUGCACCCCGAGGCCCGGCCCAGCCUAGCAGGGUACUCCUAGGCGCCCACGCACGCGUGCGGAGGCGCCGGCUGAGCUUUGUACAUUGCGGAAUUGCUCCCCCGUGCGCGGACCACUGCCUGCUGUGUGGAGGGAGGAGGCAGCCUCGCCUCGCCUCGCCUCGCGCGAGCAGUUUACACGGUAAUGGCCCCCGUCCUCACUCCAGGGCGGGGCCAUUGGCCUCCUGCCAAGAGUUAGUGUUUCUGCGUAGAAGACACUACAAGCACUUUAACUCUUUCAGGGCUUAUUAAACGCAGAGAGCUCUGAAACUAGACUGCUGCUCCUACGGAAGGCACGAGCACCCCGCUAGCUAGUAGCGCGGAAAAGCCCUGCAGGUGUGGGGAACCGUGGGAGGCUGUGCCUGAAAAUUCCGGUCCUGUUGGGCGCCCCCUUCUGCUCGGAGGAGGAGCUGCACAUAGCCCCACUGCCUCUCAGUGGGGGUUUCUGGGAAAUGGCUGCCCUGCGUUCUACACAAAGGAUAAGACCAAGAGAGCCUAAGCUUCUCCUCUCUAGGAGAGGAGCCCUGGAUGGACCUCCUGUGGUUCCUCACAGGAAUGGGCUCUGAACAAGACAUGGCAACAUUUGUGCCCCCAUUGUCCUGCUGGCUUCAGUCUCCUCCCUGCCCACCAGCCCCCAGCUCAUGCCCUGUUGCCUCUGUCAACCAGACCCCAAACCUGCCCACCCAGCAAAGGCUGUCCUGGCCUCUCUGCCUACCCCCACACCCGCCAGUGCCUAAAACUUUCAACUUAACUGCUCCUGAGUUGGAUCUGGGUGACCGGGCAGCUGCCUUUCACAUGACAUUUCUUAGAGUAUCCAAGGUGCCCUUGCUUGGAAUGUUUUUGUAUUCAGGGAUAGUGUAAGUUGAUAAUGGAGAUUUUGGCCAUAUGAGAGUGCAGGGAAUCACUCCUUAAAUAAGAAUUCCCCAACCCCCUGACAAGACCUCAGGCAGGAAAAAGGGGCCAUCCCAGGCCCACAUCUGAUAAGCUGGUGGCAAGCCUGCACCUCUUCUCCCUGGAAUGAUGCAGUCCCCCCCCCCCUUCAGCCCCAUGGACAGGGCAGACCCUUCAGAAGGCACUUUAUGAAAUCUUAGGGGAGUUUUCAAGAGGAAAGCUGGCUACUAACUGGAGGCAGCUGCCAGCAGGCACUGUCCUGUUCUACCCACACUGUCCCUGGAGGCCUGGGAAUCCUGACCCCUUGGUAUUCUCAGCCCAGCAUCCUGGUCAGUUGACCACCCGUUCCAUCCUGCUACACUCCCAGGAGAGAGCCCCUCCAAGGGUGUGUAAGUGAUAGGUGUGGUAGAGGCCACCCAUGGGGACCCCAAGGAGGAGCAUGCACUUUCCUGCCAGACAGGGGAGGUUCAAAGACGUUUUCCUCCUGCCAGGAGAAUGUGGGAGGGCCUGAAAAUCCAGGUUCCUUCCAAGGAUGCUGCUUGGAGUGCCAGUCAUUAGGACAACUCCAGAAAUUUCAUACAUGUAGACACACG